GCUAAUGUUGAAUGCGCGCGGUGAAGUACUUCCAGCUUGAUACGGUCGCGGCCGAUCGAGUUUAUGGGAUUAAUAAUUUCGUAAAACAGCCCUGGUGAAGUCGAAGUGCCGCUUUCUUGUGCAAUGUGUGUACUAAUAUUGUAAAUGAUGUAAGAGUAUGGAGAUUAGUUGUGAAAAUGAACGGUUGAUAUAGCAGGAAGAAGAUAUAUUUGAAGUUUCAAAGAGAGGAGAGACUGGUACGAACAACUACGAUGUUUCCCUUUUUCUUUUGUUUCUUUCUACGGUUAAUUAAUCGAAUUGUAUAAAAUGAAAAAUUAUUAUUAUUAGAAUCGAUAGCGUAUGAAAAGAAGAAGAAAAUAGUUUCGAUGAAAAAAAGGUCCUUCCUAGAAUAAUGUUUCUAUCGAUAUAUAUAAUUGAAAAGAUAAGAGCAACGGGAGAAACGUUUUCCGGGCGGUCGCCUUUCUCUUGUCACUUCGACUGACUGAUUGUUCUCUUUUUUCUAAAUCGUGCGCUUUUACCGCCGAGAGACCGCCGUCCGGAAUGAUCGAAUUGUAAUUAUUAAAAUAUUUGUCGAGGCGAUCGAUGCGUACAGUAGGCGUUAUCGACGAAGAAAUCGUUUGUAAAAAGAGAAAAUGAUGAUAAAAAAAAAAAAACGGAGUGAGAGGGAGAGAGAGAAAGAGACGAAGAAGAUGAAAAGCGCGAACGGCUGAAGGCAUAGUUUUUAUUCUAUAUACUUUUGUAAUCGGUCGAAUUUUCCGAAUAGAAGAGCGACAAUUUGUACAGUUUGAUGCAUGAAGAAAAAAAAAAAAAGAAAAGUAUAUCUAUAAUAAUUGAAUUUAUCUAUCGGUGCGGAACAUUUUGUGACAUGUAAAAAAAAAAAUACACACAUAACGAACACGUACAUAUAUGAAACAUUAUCAUCUUACAGUACGAUCCUACCGAAAAAAAUAUUAUUCAGUCUGGCUAAUAGAUCAUGAUCAUCGUGUUGAAUCAUCGUCGUGUUGGAUUAGCUUCUUUGACGAUGUCGUAACGAACACGGAGACGAACUCGAGCGUACGAUGGGAAAGAAGGAGCAUACGAAGCAGAGGAAAAAUCGUGUAAAAGCAGAAAACCUUAGGGCGUAUCGUUGUAUGCAAACGCACGUAUAUUUAAUUCGAGUCGUAACGAUAAAGAACGUUUAAGAUUCUUUUUCAGGAUACAGUGUUAUUCUGAACCUGAUUUAUAAGAAGAAAGGGAUUUUUCGAAGAGAAUUUUGCACCAGUGUCAGCCUUGACUUCUGCCGCGUGAAACGGCGUGGAAAAAAGAAAGAAAGUUUGAAAGAGUCGGUGUUUCAGUGAAAAAUUCGAUUAAGUACGAGGGAGGAUCAAGAUGACGAAUAUUUGUUCCUUGAGGAAGUCGAGGGCGCAUUGGAGGGAAUUGUCUCAACUGGAAAUCUCUUAAGGAUGUACCCUAAACGUACAACUUACAAUUAGUGUACGUCCAAAGCCAUAGUGCCUACACAAUAAUGAUCACACCCUUCUGCAAAAGAACUGUAAAUAAUUUACAUACUAUACAAAAAUAUAUGAAUAUAUAUAUAUAUUAUAUAUAUAUACAUACACACAGACAGGCAAAAUGUAAGAACGUGACGACCCCGAUGGACAAAAACGGAGAUAAUAGAGAAAGAAAAACCGGAUGCUGCGGACACCUCAUUGCGAUUAUCACGAUAUAUCGAUUAGUUAGUUUUAAUUACGAUUAAUAAUUAAUUAUUGAUACAUUACACGAGGAAAAUGUUAGUUUAUAAAUUCACUUAUAUAUAUAUUAUAUAUAUAUAUAUAUAUAUAUAUAUGUACGAUGUAUAUGUAUAUGUAAUAAGUACAUAUGUUUUAUAGUCAAGCGAAUAUUGUGCAGAAUAAUCGCUGGAUUCUCAUUACUUGCAAAACUAGGACACUUUUUUUAAAAACGCGAAAUAUUUCUUCUAGCUGUACGUGUAUUUAUUUCAACGAAUAACUGCUCAUUUCUCAGAGCAAAUGAGAAACAAUUAAAUAUAACUUUUCCUCUUGUCGUUUUACCGUCGAAUGAAAUAAAUAAGGUGAAAAUCCUUGGAUAACAUUAUUUUGCACAAUGUUCGUAGCGCGCAAUACCUGUCUGCAACAGAGAGGGUUGUAUUAGUUUCGUUUCUCGUUUCUUUUUCUUUCUUUUUUCUUUCUAUUAAAUUGAUGGUAUCGUGCUUUUCUCAUACGCAUCGUGCAACGAGAGGGUAAGCAAAAGGAAAAAAAAGAAAAAUGAAGAAAAGGAGAAGAAGAAGAAGAAGAAGAAGAAAACGUGAAUCGAGAGAGUGCGUGAGCGUGUGUGAAUGGACGUGAUGAUCGAAUGAUGAUAAUUGAUACGAAUGUUCGAUGGUCGACGGUUCGAUUAACGAUCCCGACACACCAGUGAGAAGUUGCGAUAUUUUCUACCUGAAUGUUUGCGGGGAUCUCGGCGAAGUCUGAGCGCGUCCGGGAUUUUAAGAAGUGUAAUAAUAAUGGUUUAUUGAUAUUGUAUUUUUUAUUCUGUUCGAAGAAGGGCUGCGUUGUAAAAAGCACAUCGAUUACAAGAAAAAAAAAAAAAAAGAAAAAAGAAAAAGAACGAAGGUGCGAAUAACGUUGUGACGUUUUCAGACUUACCGGGAUCUGUUUACAAUAACUUAUCGCGAAGAUGGCAGUCCAUCAGUUUUCAUAUUUUAAACCCGAUUAUUCGUGAAAAAAGAAACUUCUGGCUCGCUUCUGGCAGUCUGUCGAAUAAGACGCUUCUCGUAUUUUACAAUGGACAACAGAGCCUUUCCUCAAUUCUUUUUUCUUUUCUAUUUUCGUUUAGUGGCAGUUUUAUGGUCUUCACUUAACGCGAUCUAACUCGGCCCUAAGCAUCGAGAGUAAAUUAUUAUUGUUGUUAGCGGCGAGCAACAACGACGAUUCGAUUAUUUAAAUUAUCAAAGGAAACGUAAAAAAAAAAAGAAAGUAUAAUAGAAACGCGUUGCUUUAGAUAUUCUUGUAUAGAUAUUCUUUUGGAAUUCGUUCGAUUCUAAUUCGUCGAUGAUUUUUUUCAUCGCUAUUCGCGUGCACGCAUUAUACACGCAAGCAAAUACACUUUUCUACGAAUGUAUUUGAGAGACUGUUCAGAAAUAUUGCUGAAAAAAGUACAGAAAUUAAUUCUGAUCGAUUGUCUUAGAAAGAAAAAAAUAAAAAAAAAAAAUUGAGCGAUGUACGUACCAAUACGACGAAUGAGAAUUUUGUCACAUUUUACGGGCAUGACCCGUCGAACAGUAAAAACAAGACGAAAAAAUGAAGAAGAAGUUACAAAAUAUAACCUUGUGUAACGUCAUAGGGAGAUGUGAUGUUUUUAAUUUUCCACAACCUUUGUGUUUUGCUUAUCACGCCUUAUUAGACGAAAAAUUAUGGUUUUCGUUCACCUUGUCAUAUACGUAUAUAAAGCAGUAAGGGGAUGUAUUUAUUUUUUCGAAUCGGCAUUUCCGUUGUUCGACGUUAAACACUCGUUGCUCGACUCGAUUUUAAUUGCUACUGUAUAUAAUUUUGCACCGGAAAAUUCGUUCGUGAAAGUUGUGUACAAGUUCUAAAUGUCUAUAUCAAAAUAACGAAUAAUGUAGCAGAAGAAAUAUUUUUAUGUACGUUUAAUACGUAUAACGGUAUGAGAAAAUAAAGUAUCAAAACUUGAUUUUGAUCAUUAUGAACGUAUUUACGCUUGUUGUACAUGCACCAUUAUGAAUCCGAAUAAGUAAAGCGAUUUAUAAUUUUACCGCUUAAAUCUAUGAUCUUGAUAUUUUAUUUCGAUUAUAAUUUUGUCAAGGGAUAAGAGAAAGAAAUUAAAAAGUAUAUAUAAAAACAUUAAUCAGUGCUUUAAUUGAAGAAGAAGUUUACGCAUUCACCUUGUUUCAAAUGAAGAGCGCAUGCGCAAUGUUUGCAUAUUACUAAUUUCCGCGCUACGGUAAAUUAUUCGUCAUUCCCGCGUCAGCGCUCGAGGUGUGAGUAUCGACUGUUUCAUAUAUAUGUUGGUGUUUCUACAUGAUCUUACAAUCUUAUAUAAAAAGAAAGGAACGAAACUAUGAAUAUAGAGAUAAAGUUUAGUCACAAUUGUAACCGCUGGUAUUGUGAACGAGCCUUUUCGUGGGAACAUGUAACACAAAGCAAAAGACGCUUUAUUCAAAGUUCUGCUUUAAAUUGAUCAGUGGAAAUCAAUUGUUUUCCAUUGGCGCGAAUUAUCGGGCAAAUUUCGGCGAUAUUUAAAAACUAACGGCUAAAAAACUAACAGUCAAAAUAAGCAAUUCAAAAGACACGAGCAUGCCUCCCAAGUGUAAAUUUCAAGAAGGGGAGAAGGUUCUGUGCUUUCAUGGGCCAUUAAUAUAUGAAGCAAAAUGUCUAAAGUCCUCCAUUACUAAAGAAAAGCAAAUUAAAUAUUUCAUUCAUUAUGCAGGAUGGAAUAAGAAUUGGGAUGAGUGGGUUCCUGAAAGUCGAGUACUUAAAUACAACGAAGCAAAUGUACAAAGACAAAGAGAGGUUCAAAGAGCACAUUCGAAUCAACAAUCUGCACAGAAAAAUAAAAAGGGUAGUACCUCGUCCAAAACUCAAGGUCGGAGGAGUGAAGGUGGUCGUGAAAAGGAUACUGAUAGUAGAGCUAGCACCCCUGUUGCAACAGUUGAUAAAGGUGUCAGUAGGUUCAAUAAAAGUACUGGUAGUAGUGUGACACCAUCAUCGUCGCAUGAUUCCACAUCGGAUGCACCACGCAAGAAGCGCAGCCGAUUAGAGCCAUCUGGUGAAACGGAAGAAUAUCUCACUAAAGUGGAAGUUAAAAUCAAGAUACCAGAGGAAUUAAAGUUUGUACUCAUAGAUGAAUCAGAAGUAAUAUUAAAAUAUCAUAAAUUACCUGCUUUACCUGUGAAAAAUACAGUUGACAAAAUUUUAGAUGAUUAUGUAGAUUCAAAGUCGAUAGGAAAAAAUGACUCUGUUAGGGAAAGCACAUUAGAAAUAACUAAAGGUAUUCGCGAAUAUUUCAAUAUUUCUCUGGGAUUACAAUUGUUAUAUAAGUGGGAACGUCCGCAAUUUAUACAAAUUAUGAAUGAUAAUCCCGAAACACUGCCCAGUCAAUUAUAUGGUGCAUUUCAUUUACUAAGGCUAUUUGUGAGACUUGGAGGAAUGUUGUCGUACACAACAUUGGAUGAAAGAAGCAUACAAUUGUUACUGUCUCACUUUCACGAUUUUUUACAAUACUUACAGAAAAAUAAUACUGAACUUUUUAAUCUUCAACAAGACUAUGCAGACUCACCACCCGAUUAUCACAGGAAAUAUGCCUAAGUUAGUAUAAAUGUUUGGAUACUUUUAAUUAAAUUCAGCAAUACUACAAUAUUUUAUCUGAGAUUAUUAAUAAGGCAGCUGCAAUAUUUCUUCAAAAAAUAUAUAUAUAUGUACAUUUACGCGUUAUUAGAAAUUAUUCAAUAUAGAAGAUAAAAUUGUAAAAAUUGUGUUGAAAUCUUCUUGAAAAUUUUCCGUUGUGUGAAUA